ACCUAUUUUAAAACAAAAGAACAGAGAAAAAGCUCCAGGCUUUAACAGUUGCAAACGCCAAGAGAAUCCGAGUUCCCCUUGCAAAUGAGGGUUGGAAUUAUUUUUCUUUAUUAUUAUAAUUUUCGUACCGUUUCUUUUGUUUCCACUAAAUAUUUUUUUUACUGGGGGAGGUAAUCGCAUGGGCCAUCUAAUCCAUGGGUGGUGUUGAAUAAAAGAGACUUGUUUGUUUCAGUAGUAGCUAUGGUAAAAUCCAAGGAAACUUUGGGGAAAAUCAGGUGCAGUGCUUAUAUCUGAGAUUGCUGAUGCCAACAUUCCACCAUUCCCAAUCUUACAUUUGUCUUUGAAACUCUCUUAACCUUUGCCCUUCCUUUUCAGUUCUUUCAUGUGGUCUCGUUUUCUGGUAUUAAAACCCCCAAAAUCCUGAACAGAAACCAUUGAACCUGCAAAUCUAUCUGCCCCUGUUUUUAUGCCUUGAAAGGAGUCAUCUUUGUACAUAUUUUCUGUGUGUGACCUUAUGAAGAAGGAUCUGCGUUCACAUUGGAGUUUAAGAUUGCUUACUAUAUAUAGGAAGACGAUGGCUGGCAAUGGGAUGUUAUACCCAAUUAUUGGAUUUGCUUCGUGUAUGGCUUUUAUUUAUAUGUCUUUUGGUGAUUUGAAGCUUAGUAGUUUCCCAAGGGAACGGGGAUUAAAUUUUGUGGAAAGGAAUGGGACUCAGUUCUUUUUAGAUGGGAAACCACUGUACGUUAAUGGCUGGAAUUCUUACUGGUUAAUGUCCCAUUCUGUGGAGGAAAAUACUAGACCUAAGGUCAGUGCAAUGCUUCAAGCUGGUGCAAGGAUGGGCCUCACUGUUUGUAGAACCUGGGCCUUUAAUGACGGUGGCUAUAAUGCUCUCCAGAUUUCCCCAGGACAAUUUGAUGAGCGAGUUUUCAAGGCCUUGGACUAUGUCAUUGCAGAAGCAAGGCAACAUGGAGUCAGGCUGCUUCUGAGCUUAGUAAAUAACUUGCAACCAUAUGGUGGAAAGACGCAGUAUGUCAACUGGGCGUGGCAAGAAGGCAUUGGUUUGAGUUCUUCUAAUGAUUCCUUCUUUUAUGAUCCAUCAAUCCGCAAAUACUUCAAGAAUUACGUCCUGACUGUCCUCACCAGGAAGAACACCAUCACUGGAAUUGAAUAUCGGAAUGAUCCCGCCAUCUUUGCUUGGGAGUUGAUCAAUGAACCCCGUUGCAUGACCGAUCCUUCUGGGGAUACUCUUCAAGAUUGGUUAGAAGAGAUGUCCGCUUUCAUAAAAUCAAUCGACAAAAACCAUCUAUUGACCAUCGGCUUAGAAGGAUUUUAUGGUCCAAAAAGCCCCAAGAAGAAAACUGUGAAUCCGGAAGAGUGGGCCUCACUCCUUGGGUCUGAUUUUAUGCACAACUCGAACAUUACGCAUGUUGAUUUUGCCUCUGUUCAUAUAUACGCAGACCAAUGGUUUCAUCAUCUUGGGUUCGAAGAAAAACGGAACUACGUUUCCAAGUGGAUGCGGUCGCACAUUGAAGAUUGCGACAAGGAACUGAAGAAGCCAGUUAUGUUCACCGAGUACGGCUUGUCGGACCAGAAUAAAGACUACCAGCCAUCCCAAAGAGAGUUGUUUUAUAGAACCAUUCUGGACAUCAUUUAUAAAUCUGCAAAGAAGAAAUGGUCUGGGGCAGGUGCCUUAGUCUGGCAAUACUUUGUUGAAGGGAUGGUGGAAUACAGCGAUGAUUUCGGGAUCGUACCGUGGGAGUCCCCUCCUAUUUACAAACUGACCGUAGAACACUCGUGCAGAUUGGCUAGAAUCCAUGGACUUGUUGAAGAAAACAAAAACCUCAAACAACUGUGUUCCAAGAGAAAGUGAAGACAGUACAAUCAGAAAAUUUGAUUCUUUCUGACAAAGUAGUUUGUGCGAGGUAUAAAAAGUUUAUUGUAUCCUUUCUUUUUUCCUCAUAUCCAUACAAAUUACUAUAUGGUUAAGUAGAUAUGCAGAUAUAUAUGGUACACGAUUGCAAGUUUGCUGCCAAAUUUUCCUAGCAGCUGUGAACUAUCUUCAAUGAUUCUGAUUCUGGGUUCAUGUUAGAAAUAUGAAUGAAUCCAAUUUAA